ACAAAAACAAUAAAAGACACCAGUCAAUCAGCUGAUUAGUACAACAUCAGUGUCUGUAAAUCUGACUGGCUUUUAUGUAGAAGGAAAAGGGGACUGACUGUAAAAGAAAAACAACCAUGUUGUAAAGACCCUGAACUACACAUUUCAAACAGAAAUGGAUGACGGCACACCAGACGAGGCCUUUGCUGAAUUCAAGACAAGGCAAAUUGGAGCUUGGGGUGUGGCUCAGAUAGCUGCUAGCACUGGGCUUGCUGUAUAUGCUAUGUGGGUGGGAAUCCUCCAGCCAGGUUUCCGAAAAGUCCCCUUGAGGUUACAGGUCCCGUACAUUCCUGCCAGCAAAGCUCAAGUACAGAAUGUAAUGACACUGCUGAGAGGUCGAAAGGGAGGCCUCGUGGAUUUGGGUUCUGGUGAUGGUCGCAUUGUCUUGGAAGCACAUCAGCAGGGUUUCACUCCCGCUGUUGGAUACGAGCUCAAUCCCUGGCUUGUUCGAUUGGCCCGCUUUCAUGCAUGGAGAGCAGGGCACACUGCCACAGUGUUGUACCGACGAGAAGAUCUCUGGAAGGUCGACUUGUCAGAAUGCAAGAAUAUCACAGUGUUUUUGGCACCUAGCGUGCUUUCAUUAUUGCAGAAGAAGCUGCAGACUGAGCUUCCCGAUGACGCUCUAGUGGUAGCUGGUCGUUUUCCUCUCCCUGACUGGACACCCUGCAGGAUUGAGGGACAUGGUGUGGACAGAGCCUGGGCAUAUAGCAUGCAGGCACAAAGACAGCACAUACAAGAAAAAUAACAAAUUCACAAUCGGGGACAAUUGCCUUCACAAUAACUCAACCAAUGAGAAAGAAUCAACUUGAAGCUACAUUGAUGAUCCUCAUCGUUUUCCCUCACAGAAAUUAAAUUAUACAUUAUUAACUUAUUUCUUAUAAGAUGUAAAAAUCCUUCACUUGGAAUAUGGAGGACAUUUAAUGACUGAACACAUACUUAAUGACAAUGACAGGAUGGUGUCUGACCAACUGUGCAAAGUCAGUGCAUUGAUCAGCAGAUAUGUAGAAUAACUGCAUAAAAUAUUCUACAUUGUUUUGAUGGAUUCUUUCAUUUUUUAUCUGCGGUGCUUGAACCAGAAGUUCCUGAGGGUUUCUCAUUGCAUUUGAAGGAAAACCACACUGGAGGUGAGGGGUGUUACCUGCCUGGAGAAAGUUUUUAAUACUGUAUCAUCUGCAGUUGAUGCAACUUAAGGUCAUUUUCUUAUUUAAGUAUUUUAAUUGUUCUCUUAAGUAUACCCAUUAUCAUUAUUACUGUGUCAGUAAGAGGAAACUGUUCAAAUGCCCAGUGGUUGAUGGUCAAAGGCACUCGUGCUGGGAAGUCUUUGUGUUAGCAAGUUUGGAAUGUGGCUAUUCAGGCUCUUUAUGUCAGAGGUGGCUAAUGGGAAUUACUGUGAAUAAAGGAUACAGAUGUAACAA